AUGGCGGAAGUGGAGCAGAAGAAGAAGUGGACUUUCCUCAAGUUCACCUACCACGGCGUGGACCUCAACCAGCUGCUGGACAUGUCCCGUGAGCAGCUGAUGCAGUCGUACAGUGUGAGGCAGUGGCUGAACCGCGGCCUCCAGAGGAAGCAGCACUCACUGCUGAAGCGGCUGCACAAGGCCAGGAAGGAGGUGCCGCCCAUGGAGAAGCCUGAGUUGGUGAAGACGCACCUGCGUGACAUGAUCAUCCUGACCAAGAUGGUGGGCAGCAUGGUGGGCGGCUACCAUGGCAAGACCUUCGACCAGGUGGAAAUCAAGCCUGAGAUGAUCGGCCACUACCUAGGUGAGUUCUCCAUCACUUACAAGCCCAUGAAGCACAGCCGGCCUGGCACUGGGGCCACCCUCUCCUCCUGCUUCAUCCCCCUCAAGUAG